UCUCCGUGCGCGGCCGAACCAAUAAAGUUUGUUUCAAAAAAAACCGAAAGGGAAGGAAAAAAAGCGGCUCCGACGAGUCUGUCGCGGUUGCUAGCGAGUUGCGUGAGCGACCGGCCGCCCGGCCAGCCCGGCGCUGCCGCAGCAGGCGAGGGCGGACGGGCUGCUCCAGCCCCCGCCACGGCCGCGCUCGGCCUCGGCAGCCGUCGCCCUCGGUAGGGAGCUGCGCCUCCGCCGCUCUGCGGGCCCGCCCGGCUCGCUUUUCCCUCCCUGAAGGGAGUCUCCUGGUGCGGGAGGAGCGCCGGACAGGCGGCCGCAGCCAUGCCGAGCGCUAAGGAGACGCGGCUGCUGCACCUCAGCGAGAUGGAGAAGCUGGACAAGACCCUCUUCAGGCUAGAGCAAGGUUUUGAGCUGCAGUUCCGAUUGGGCCCAACCCUUCAGGGCAAGCCUGUUACUGUGUACACAAAUUAUCCAGCUUCUGGAGAAGUAUUUGAUCGCCACAAGUUCAGAACACUAUCGUGGCACAAUCCUGCAGGAAAAGAAGAUGACUCUGACAAAUUCUGCAAGCUGGACCUCCAAAUUUCUGGGUCAUAUCAGUACUAUUUCAGUCUUGGAAAUGAAAAAAGUGGUGGAGGUUACAUAGUUGUGGAUCCUGUUUUGCAUGUUGGAGCUGAUAAUCAUGUGUUACCUUUGGAUUGUGUUACACUCCAGACAUUCCUUGCUAAGUGUCUGGGACCGUUUCAUGAAUGGGAAGAUAGGCUUAAAGUUGCAAAGGAAACAGGUUACAACAUGAUUCAUUUUACACCACUGCAGAAGCUUGGACUGUCUAGAUCGUGUUAUUCACUGGCUGAUCAGUUAGAAGUAAAUCCUGAAUUUUCAAGCCCUAAUAAAAAGUGCACUUGGAGCGAUAUAGGAGCUCUUGUGGAAAAAUUGAAAAAUGAAUGGAAUAUGCUUUGCAUCACAGAUGUAGUCUACAAUCAUACUGCAACUAACAGUGAAUGGCUCAGGAUGCAUCCAGAAUGUGGCUAUAACCUUGUAAAUUCGCCUCACCUGAAGCCAGCUUGGGUCUUGGAUAGAGCUCUGUGGCACUUGACCUGUAUGGUGGCUGAUGGAAAGUACACUGCUAAAGGGAUCCCUCCCUUGAUUGAAAAUGAUCAUCACCUGAAUUGUAUCCGUAAAAUCAUUUGGGAAGAUAUAUAUCCAAAAAUUAAACUAUGGGAAUUUUUUCAAGUGGAUGUUAACAAAGCUGUGCAGCAGUUUAGAACCCUUCUAACUCAAGGCAAAAUGGGCACUAAAUCUGAUCCAAAUCAACAUCUUCAGAUAGUUCAGGAUCCUGAUUAUAGACGAUUUGGCUGUACUGUAGAUAUGAAUAUAGCAUUGGCAACAUUCAUACCACACAGCAAUGGACCAGCUGCAAUAGAAGAAUGUUGCAACUGGUUUCGCAAGAGGAUUGAGGAACUGAAUGCUGAACAAUACAGACAAACUAAUCAUCAUCAAGAACAGGCUGUCAAUUGUCUUGUGGGGACUGUGGUUUAUGAACGACUGGCUGGUGAUGGUCCUAAGCUGGGUCCUAUCAGUAGAAAAUAUCCUCUAGUUACCAGGUAUUUUACUUACCCAUUCCAAGAGCUAACUGUGGGGGAAGAAGAAGCUAUGAUACAUCAGCCAGAUAAAGCUUGUUAUUUCAUGGCUCAUAAUGGCUGGGUUAUGGGAGAUGAUCCUCUCAGAAACUUUGCAGAACCAGGUUCAAAUGUUUACUUGAGAAGAGAGCUUAUUUGUUGGGGAGACAGUGUGAAACUGCGUUAUGGUAACAAACCUGAAGAUUGCCCAUACCUCUGGGCACAUAUGAAAAAAUACACUGAAAUCACUGCCAAAUAUUUCCAUGGUGUUCGUCUUGACAACUGCCACUCGACACCUAUUCAUGUAGCUGAGUACAUGCUGGACACAGCUAGAAAAUUGCGAGCCGAUUUGUAUGUAGUGGCUGAGCUGUUCACAGGAAAUGAGGAGCUGGACAAUAUCUUUGUGAAUAGGCUGGGCAUUACCUCCUUAAUAAGAGAGGCAAUGACUGCUUAUAACAGCCAUGAAGAAGGAAGGUUAGUUUAUCGUUUUGGAGGUGAACCUGUUGGCUCUUUUGUUCAGCCACGUCUGAGGCCAUUGAUGCCAGCUAUUGCUCAUGCACUGUUUAUGGAUAUUACACAUGAUAAUGAAUGUCCCAUUCAGCACCGAUCUGCCUAUGAUGCUCUUCCUAGUGCAAUGAUUGUUUCCAUGGCAUGCUGUGCUACAGGAAGCACCAAAGGCUAUGAUGAACUAGUACCACACCAGAUCUCUGUAGUAUCUGAAGAGAGGUUUUAUGCAAAAUGGAAUCCAGCAGCACACCUGUCUUCUGGCGAAGUUAAUUUCCAAACAGGAAUUCUAGCAGGAAGGCUGGCCAUAAACAGGCUGCAUCAGGAGCUGGGGGCUAAAGGCUUUAAUCAGGUGUACGUAGACCAAGUUGAUGAAGAUAUAGUGGCAGUGACAAGACAUUGUCCUAACACACACCAGUCUGUUGUGGCUGUAAGUCGAACUGCCUUCAGGGAUCCUAACACUUCCUUCUACAGUAAAGAAGUACCUGAAAUGUGUAUACCAGGAAAAAUAGAAGAGAUAGUACUUGAGGCUAGGACUAUUGAGAGAGAUUCUAGUCCUUACAAAAAGGAUAAACACUUCAUAAAUGGAUUGCCUAAUUUCACAAUGGAACUCAGAGAGCAUAUCCAGAUUACAGACAGUAAGAUUAUAAAGCAAGCUGGGACUGCCAUAAAAGGGCCAAAUGAAUUUGUUCAAGAAAUAGAAUUUGAAAAGUUAACACCAGGAAGUGUAAUAGUGUUCAGAGUUAGUCUUGACCCUAAGGCACAAGAGGCUGUUGGCAUACUCCGCAAUCAUUUAGUCCAGUUCAGUCCUCAUUUUAAAUCUGGAAGUCUUCCUGAUGAUGAUUCAGCACCCAUAUUAAAAACAUUAUUUUCUUCUAUUGCAUCUAAACUAACACUGGCUGACCUGAAUCAAGUACUGUAUAGGUGUGAGGCAGAAGAACAAGAAGAUGGUGGAGGUUGUUACAAUAUACCAAACUGGUCACCCCUGAAGUAUGCAGGCCUCCAAGGAUUAAUGUCAGUGAUGGCAGACAUAAGACCAAAGAAUGAUUUGGGUCAUCCAUUUUGUGAUAAUUUAAGAUCUGGAGACUGGAUGAUUGAUUAUGUCAGUAAUCGUCUGAUUUCACGUGCAGGAGCCUGUGCAGAAGUUGGUAAAUGGUUGAAGUCCAUGUUUGUCUACCUAAAGAGAAUUCCACGCUACCUCAUCCCAUGUUACUUUGAUGCCAUAUUAGUGGGUGCAUAUACAACACUUCUGGAUGUGGGAUGGCGUCAGAUGUCCAGCUUUGUGCAGAAUGGAUCAACAUUUGUUAAACACCUUUCCUUGGGUUCAGUCCAGAUGUGUGGGAUAGGAAAAUAUUCUUGUCUGCCAGAUCUGUCUCCGUCAUUACAUGAUGUUCCCUAUAGGCUGAAUGAGAUUACAAAUGAGAAAGAACAGUGUUGUGUUUCCUUAGCAGCUGGUUUACCUCACUUUUCCUCUGGAAUUUUUCGUUCUUGGGGACGGGAUACCUUUAUUGCACUGAGAGGUCUAAUGUUAGUUACUGGGCGCUAUCUAGAAGCAAGAAACAUAAUUUUAGCAUUUGCUGGGACUUUAAGACAUGGCCUCAUCCCCAAUCUGCUUGGCCAGGGGACACAUGCCAGAUACAACUGUCGUGAUGCUGUAUGGUGGUGGCUUCAGUGUAUCCAGGACUACUGUAAAAUUGUUCCAAAUGGAUUAGACCUUCUCAGGUGUCCUGUUUCUAGGAUGUACCCACGAGAUGAUUCUUCUCCUCAGCCUGCAGGCACUAGGGAUCAGCCACUUUAUGAAGUAAUACAGGAAGCAAUGCAGCGACACAUGGAAGGCAUAAACUUCCGAGAAAGGAACGCUGGUCUGCAGAUAGAUCAGAACAUGAGAGAUGAAGGUUUUAACGUAAGUGCAGGUGUUGACCACGAAACCGGCUUUGUCUUUGGAGGGAACCGCUUUAAUUGUGGCACUUGGAUGGAUAAAAUGGGAGAGAGUGACAAAGCUCGCAACAAAGGAAUUCCAGCUACUCCAAGAGAUGGCUCUGCUGUGGAAAUUGUUGGCCUGUGCAAGUCGGCUGUUCGCUGGUUGCUGGAUUUAUCUCGGAAAAAUGUGUUUCCAUUCCAUGGAGUCAAUGUAAAAAGACAUGGAAAGGAGGAGACUAUCACAUAUGAUGAGUGGAACAGAAAAAUUCAAGGACACUUUGAAAGGCUGUUCUUUGUCUCUGAGAACCCAUCAGAUCCUAAUGAGAAACAUCCAGAACUUGUUCACAAACGUGGAAUUUACAAGGACAGCUAUGGAGCUUCAAGUCCAUGGUGUGAUUACCAACUCAGGCCAAAUUUUACAAUAGCAAUGGUUGUGGCCCCUGAGUUGUUCACACCUGAGAGAGCUUGGAAAGCUCUGCAGAUAGCAGAAGAAAAGUUGCUUGGUCCAUUAGGCAUGAAAACUUUAGAUCCAGACGAUAUGGUUUACUGUGGAGUGUAUGAUAAUGCGCUUGACAAUGACAACUACAACGUAGCCAAAGGUUUUAAUUAUCACCAAGGACCAGAAUGGCUGUGGCCAAUUGGAUAUUUUCUUCGUGCUAAAUUGUACUUUUCAAAGUUGAUGGGUCCAGAGAUAUAUGCAAAAACUGUAGUUAUGAUUAAGAAUGUUCUUUCUCGCCACUAUGUUCACCUUGAAAGAUCGUCCUGGAAAGGGCUUCCUGAACUGACCAAUGAAAAUGGACAGUACUGCCCUUUUAGCUGUGAAACUCAGGCCUGGUCAAUUGGUGUUAUCCUUGAAAUCCUUUAUGACUUGUAAAAGUUUAUUUUGAUUUGAUUAAACUUCUGUGGUCUUAUUAUUGGGCAUAAAUGAACAGUUGGCUUAUACUGCAAGGGAAAUGUCCUGUUCUGCACAAUCACUUAAGCUGUGUCCUGACUUUCAAAGAUGCUGAGUGCCAGCAGCUCCUUUGCCCUAUAACUGUGUGGGGUUGGAUUGGUUUUUGAAAAUCAGGCCAUGGCAGUAAAAUAAAACUGCAGUGCACACUUGAUGCAGAAACUUUUAGUAAGGAGCAAUUUCAAUAACAUGCACAGACUUAAUUUUAAGUAGCUUUAGUUUUUUAGACUUUUCAAAUAAAAAUUAAUGUAAUGAAGUCCGGCAGCUCUUUUCUGAGCUAAAAAAAAAAGUAGUACAGCUCUUAUGUUGUUGGUAUUUUGUCUCCUGAAGAGUAAGUGGAUGUUUUGCAAAGGCAUGCUUGAAGGGGAGUAGACUAACCUAUAACAUUCUGAAUUUUGUAUGCUUUCUGCUGGAGCCCAUACAUUAAUGAAGGCAGAAUAUGUUGUCUCUCUCUUGAACUGUAUUACGGGGAUUUUUGUUUGUGUUCAGUUGAACACUUCAUUAAGCAACCACAGAAGUAAAGUUUGAAUACUGUAAUAAACCAACCUUUGAAGCUAUAUAGAAAAUGUUAAAAAAUGUAAACUACUUUGAGAGUUAAGUCAAGCAAUACCCUAUGCUACUCCAUUUUUUAAUUUAUUUGCAUACUGCGGGUCAUGCAGCAAACCUAUUUCUUCAUUUAAAUCUGUUUUUCACUGUGAUGAAUUCAUAAGAAGCAUGUGCAUACAAUACACAGCCUGCUAGGGGAGGCCAAAGAUAGAAAAGUCAAUGUGCCUUUAUUAUUAAGAAAAUCCUAGCUCUACUGAAGCAGGUAGAAACACAUAACAUCAGCAGGAUGAGAUAUUAGCCUGCCACCAGACAAGAGAACAUGAGGUUUCUGUGCCUUUUGAGAUUACACCAAGAAGAAUAAGCAUGCUCCCUCUGUGGUGUUCUUUUGGGAACAGCAUCCAGCAAACAUGAUGCAAAACACAUCUGUUCUUUCUUAUUUGGAUGCCUGUAUGCCCUUGUUGAGUUGAGUUCAGUGUUCCCGAACUGAGAAGUGGUUGAUGGAAGUGCAUUUAGUAAUUCUCAACCCUAUAUUAAUGUGAUUUUUCCAUCACAGUGCAAUAAACAGGCAGAGAGUGAGUCUGACAACAUGUCCCACAUCACAGAUGGGAAAGGCAAAACUCAUACUGUGCUUCUUCAGGUUAGACAACAUAUGCUGAAAAAAAUAUACGCAGGAUGUAACUAUAAUGCACUAAUAACAUGUAUGUCAAGAUUUUAUGAUAUCUGUAUUUUAAAGUUUCUGUACCCUGUCUUAAGUACAGUGCAAGUGUGCUGUCUUGAUCAGGAAGAAUGUUACAGAUAGUUACAUUCAAGGGCAAGUUAAUAGGCUGAAGAUAAAUGAGUUGUAAGAAGUGGCUAUAUUCACACUGUUUAUUUGAAAGGUUAAGUAAGUAUUUGAACUCCCUUGCUGAAGUGUUCAGUACUUAAAAAUUGUCAUUAGGGAAGGUCUAUAUUGUACCUCAACUUUUAAGCUGCUGCAGUAAGUGAGUUGAAAUUUGUUGUUGUUUUCUUGGCACAAUGCAUGAGAGAUGUCACUUGAUUGAAAACUGCUGAAAUGUUAGCCACACUAUUUUUUUUAAUGUGCAAGAGGCAUAUAAAGUAUUUUUCAUAAUGUACUGGACUUCCAAAACUCUUGAUAAUUAUGUUGUGCUUUGUGUCCUACUGUGUCAUAGCUUUUUAAUGUUUUCCUAGAUAAUUUUCUCAUUUAUUAUUUCAAGUUAUGUCUUAUAGCUCCUAUGGUUUAGAAAGCAGGAACAAUAUGACAGAAUGAAUUGUUCUUGAUGAAAAACAUUUGAAAAUAGGAAAUGCAGCUUAAGAGCUACAACUGUUGAAAACGAUUUCUGCAAGGUGCCAAAUUAUGUAUAUUGGCAAUCAGUCUUUGCAGUUGAGGAAAAAAAAGUGAUUCAUCAAAACCUUCCUAUGUUGUUAUAGAUGACUUUCCACUGUUUUGCAAACUGUACUGCUGAUAGAGACUGCAUAUUUGUCACUGCUAGUUUCUUAUAAUUUAAUAGUAAAAUUUUAAGGAUAAAUCACCACUGCGUACACGAAGACACUUGCGCAUCUUAUAAACAUGCCCAUUUAUUAUGUUGCUUUGGCACUGACUUAGUUGAACAUAGUUUUAGUGACAGAUGUUUUAAAUAGGAAAAACUAUUUAUUAUAUUGGUUGACUUUGCUGUUAAGUAGCAACAAAAGUAAGAUUUGAGGUUAUAAAUGUUGGAGGGGGGCCAUAGGGGUUUUUUGGUUUUUUUUGAUGCUCGGUCUUUUUUAUCACAAAGCUACUGAACACUUUGUCAAGCCAGACAGUUUAAAAAUGAAGAGGGAAGAAAGCAAUGUUAAAUCUAAGACUUACAUGUGCUGGUAUGCAUCUAGAUAAACUCUGUAUCUAAGUCUUUAUCCCCUGAACUGUGUUUUCAUUCAUUAGUAUCAUUUAUAUUAUACCCUCAAAAACUUCCUAGUAAUGCAGAGUUAUAUUCGGUAGAAUGUUUUAGAAAUAAGCUAAAGAACUUAAAAAGAACUGUGAAUCCAUCGUGUUACAGUUGGUAUUUCUGGAUCUAUAUGUUACUGAGACAUUUUUUUAUUUCCUCCCACUUGAAAUAAUUUUGACUGUUACUAGUGUUUGUACAGUUAAUAGCCCUUGAUUUAUUCAAUGAUGAUUAACGUGAGAAUUGAAGGAAAAUAAUGUAUUAUUCUCGCACUGCAUGUUGUAAUGGUAAAUGGAAAUAUGAGUUUUAUGUGUGUUUGUCCAGCACAACAACCGAUUUUAGAAAAUGUCAUUAUUCAUAUAUUUCUGAAAUGCACAAAAUAAAAUUCUUUAAUUCAGAGUUAA